UAAUAAUGGAAUCGUGAAGGUAAUGAACAAGUGGGAGAGUUUCCCACUUAUAUGGCUACCUUCCAAUAGCUCUCUCCCCUCCCCCCACAAGCCCGUAAUUCCCAAUCCUGACUGAAUACACACCCAAACAAACAGCCGCUCCCUCCGCCUAUGUUAUGGCCAACGCUACCUCUCCCACCAACACCGAUUCCUCCUCCUCCGCCACCGCCUCUCUCGCCAAACGCCGAAAACUAGUCCACAACGACCGCAACCCUCAGCCGUCCCUCCUCCCCGGCCUCCCCGACCACAUUGCCCAUCUCUGCCUCUCAAGAGUCCAUCCCGCCUCUCUCUACUCCGUCUGCCGCUCCUGGCGCCGCCUCAUCUACUCCUCCUCCUUCCCCCCCUUCCUCUCCCUCUAUGCCCUCCUCUCCCAGUUGGACGAACCCUCCUCGCCGGCGCCCGACCAUAGCAGCAGCCUCAGCAGGAUCGAGUUCGCGACCUUCGACCCGGUCUCCUCACGGUGGCUGCCCCUCCCCCCGCCGCUUCCCGAUCAGCCUCUCAGCAUCCUCCUCCGUCACCGCUCCUUCCUCUCCCGGAUCUUCCCGAUCCAGUCCGUCGCGGUCUCUGGCAACCUCGUCCUUCUCGCUGCCACCGCCAACAACUUCUUCCCAGCCAUCCCCUGCCCCCUCGUGUUCAACCCCACCACCAGAGCCUGGUCCGCCGGCCCGCCGCUCUCCUCCCCCCGCCGGUGGUGCACCGCAGGUGUCUUCCGUGGUGCCGUCUACGUUGGGAGCGGCGUCGGAUCCCAGUUCAGCGCCGACGUCGCGAGGUCCUUUGAGAAAUGGGAUCUCAACGGGAACGACCUCCGCAGCUCGGCCGGUCACGCCUGGAAAUGGCAGAAACUGAGGGAGUUGAAGGACAUAAGGUUCAGCCGAGAUGCGAUAGAGGCCGUCGGAUGGAGGGGGAAGCUCUGUAUGGUCAACGUGAAGGGGGGAGCUGUCAGGGAAGGAAUCGUUUACGACGUGGCGGAGGACAUAUGGGAGGAGAUGCCCAAGGGGAUGAUCGGCGGGUGGAAGGGCCCAGCGGCCGCGAUGGACGAGGCUGAGCUCUACGCGGUGGAUGAGGCUAACGGGUCACUCCGGAGGUACGACCCAGAGAGGGAUGAGUGGGAUGAUGUGAUCGUAUCCGCCGAACUCAAGGGUGCCCAGCAGAUAGCUGCUGCGGGUGGGCGCGUGUGCGCACUCAGUGGUGACGCCGGCUGCCAGAUCGUCGUGGUAGACGCUGCAGCAUCUCCGCCCAGGACCUGGGUAGUGGAGACCCCCAAGGGGUCGCGAGCGGUGUCGGUCCACAUCAUGCCGAGGAUGAGCCAGCAGGAUGACGCAUACCUCUGAUACAUGAUUUCUCAUCGAUCCAUCAAGCGAUCAGAAGCCAAUAUUACGAGCAAUCAAAUACAUAUAUUCCAAUAUAGAGAACACGAUGGCCGACAUGGAUGCAAUCUUAAUGCAAUUUGAGUUAUCAAUGGACUGCGAAAUUCGGAAUCAGCUAUAGCUCCGGGGUGGGUCAAUUGAAGAUUUUUCAAUUCAUUCGGGGAGUUCCAUUGAUUCCAGCAGCAAGGAACGCUCUGUCCCAUCUCCGUUCCGUUCAGCUCCCCCACGUAAGACAUUGUCGGGAAGGUCCGACCACUACGGUGAUCUCCAUUGGCGGAGUGGGAGCAACUCCAAUCUCUUUGCCUCCUCGCAGCCGACCUUCUCUUUGCCCUCACAAGCAAAAUUACGGAAUGGUUGUCAACAUGCUUGCAAUUCGGAAGAUCUUCCAAAGUAUGUAGAGCAACUAGCUAGAACUAACAAAGCCCAACUGGAGGAACUGAAGAAAGAUGCCCUUGAAGCAAUGGAAACUCAGAAAAAGAGAUCUUGCAACUUUGAGAGAGGCAAGUUCAUUGAGACAGAAGGUCCCGCAGCAAAACGCGGGCUUUGUCCUAGUUUUGAUAAAGACGGAUUUACAUUAGUUCUAGUUAAGUUUCCCUUCCAAGUUUUAUUAGCAUGUCAAAUUAUCCAUGGUAUGACAAACAUACAUGAACAUCGGCAAGACGUUUCGUCUCUCGUGUUAAGCAUUCGUAGUCUUCAUUUGACGCUGAAAGACGAAGAAGUAGAUCCUAUAUUGCCAUGUGACAUUGUAAUUUGCUUUAUAUAUAUAUAUAUAUAUAUCUGUAAAUGUAAUUUUUCAUCU